AAUCACCGGAUCCAACCAGGCAGAUGUCGAUACUCACAAUGCUUAACAAAUCUCAACAACCACCACCAAGAAGAAAACAAAACGCAUCUAUAAAAGUUGCAGUCUUUAACACUCUCGCCUCCAUUCGCGACACAGUCUUCGUGCUCUCCGUCUUCUCCCCUCCAAUUCUCUCUCGCACUUCUCUUCUCUUUCUCUCCUUUUUCAAUUCUCAUUUCUCUCUGUUCUUGUUGGAGCCACCAAUGGCGUCAGUCACGGGAGCUUCUGUUGCCAUGUCUUCUCUCUCCUUGAAGCCUACACAGGCACAUCGCAACAAGAUCUCUUGUGUGAAUUCAGUUUCACUUGCUUUCGGUGGAAGAGGCUUUCCAUCUCUUACAAUGAAGCCUGGAUCCUAUCGCUUCAAAGUUUCCUGUGCUGCCAAACCGGAGACAGUGGACAAGGUGUGUGGAAUAGUGAGGAAGCAGUUGGCUAUCGCAGAGGAUGUCAAACUCACUGGAGAGUUGAAGUUUGCUGCGCUUGGGGCUGAUUCUCUUGAUACAGUUGAGAUUGUGAUGGCGCUUGAGGAGGCAUUUGAUAUCACUGUGGAAGAAGACAGUGCGGCGCAAAUCACCACUGUGCAGGAGGCAGCGGAUCUGAUUGAGGACCUGGUCGAAAAGAAGGCCUAAACUAGUUUGGAGAGGGAGUCGGUGAGAGAGCUCUUAAUGAACUUCUCACUUUCAUACUUUCAGUUUGUUUGGUUCUUAUUUUGCUGCUAGCGUAGUCAUUCUGUUUAUUUUUCUAGAAAAAACUUGUAUUACUCCUUUUGACAAAUGUUAUAUGUGAAACUAAUUAAUUUUUAGUCCCUGAUAAAUGUUUUGUGUUUUUAAAGUUUUAUA